AUGCUUGAAGAUUUCAGUGAAUGCCUUCUUGAGAGGGGUGUCCUUGAGGUUUCAUUCCCUCGAUUGGAGGAAUUAACAAUUUCAGGCCUGAAGAAUUUAGGAAUGAUAUGGGGCGGUCAAGUAACUGAAGAUUGUUUCAGCAAACUUAAAGAAAUCACCGUACAAGGCUGUGAUGCACUGGUUACCAUAUUCCCACCCUGCAUGUUGAGAAAUGCGAGUCUCAAGUAUCUCUUCCCUCCCUCUGUGGCAAAGGUUCUUUACAACCUCAGUGAGCUGGUGAUAGAGGAUAAUAGAGGGCUAGAGGAGAUAGUCGCAGCAUCAGUUGAUGAGGAAGUGGAAACAGUUGCAAGUACCUCGGAAUUUGUAUUUCCUCGAGCUACACGUCUGAGGCUCUGUGGACUCCCGGGGCUCAAGAGUUUCUGCCAAAGGCGGCAUAUCUCCAAAUGGCCCUCGUUGAAAACAUUGCAGAUCAAUCGCUGCGACAGCAUCCAGAACUUGUUCUGUGAAAUUGACCUGUUCCAAGAAGCACCCGAUAACUGUAACGAUGUGGGUUCUUCUCCUCAACGGACCCUCUUCUUGGUAGAUAAGGUUUCCUUCAUUUACUUGGAGAGAUUGGAGAUUUCAGAAAUGAACAGACUGGUGACCUUGUUCCCCCCCGGCACAGUACGCUCAUUUCAAAACCUUGAGGUUCUGAGCAUAGAAAGUUGCGGUGCACUGGAAAUGGUCUAUAACAUAGAGGAGAAUGCCGAUUCUGAUCUUCCCAGCCCGGCAACAGUCACCAAACUGGAAAAGCUGUCUCUUACUGAUUUGGCAAAACUGCAGCACAUAUGGAGAACGGACCCGAGAGGGAUCCUCAGCUUUCAGAAUUUAAGCUCAGUCUCAGUUAUGGGAUGCAGCAGCCUUGGGUAUCUCUUCCAUGCCUCUGUGGCAAAAGCCCUCGUCCUGCUUGUUGAGCUGGAGGUAAGAGAGUCCAGCCUAGAGGUAAUUGUUGCGAAAGAUGAAGGCAUGCAACCGGCCAGUACCCUGGAAUUUGUUUUCCCUCGAGCUACCAAGCUGGAGCUCUCAGACCUCUCGCAGCUCAAAAGCUUCUACCCAGGCAAAUAUAUUUCUCGAUGGCCCUCGCUGAGAGAGUUGAUGAUCUCUAAGAGCAACAAGGUUGAGAUAUUUGCUUUCGACUCAAAGAAAUCCCAAGCAAUAACCAGGAAUGGCAAUCAAGCUGAACAACCCCUGUUCUUGGUUGACAAGGGAACAUUUUCCAAUGUGGAAACACUGCAUAUGCAACACAAUGAUAACAUGAAACAGAUCAUAUGGAGUGGGCGCAACCGUCCCAAGCUGACAUGCUUCUCAUCAGGGGUACACUUCCAUUUCGUGAACCUCACGACUCUGAAAGUUGAGAAUUGCCGCUCUUUUGAGAACAUACUCACCCCAAAUAUGGUGUCGGAAAUCCCUUGCCUUGCAACACUAGAAAUUAGAGACUGUGCGAUGCUGAAGGCAGUGAUUGUAGGGGAGAAGAAAGCGAGAAAACGUAACUUCAGGCUUGGAAAGUUGAGAUGUAUAACUCUAGAGUCCUUGCCCGAGUUGGUUAGCUUCUGCCCACAUAGUUGCUUAUUUGAAUGUCCAUCUUUGAUGAACAUGACCAUAAAAAACUGUCCUAAAAUGAGGACAUUCCUCACUUCUCCACACCUGAAAGAGAAAUUGUCCAAUCCGGUGGGUGAAAGAAGCAAAGAAGCAUGCAUGGAUAGUGGUGACAUUAACAUCCCUCAAGAACCCUUCUUCAGUAAAAAGGUUCAGUUCCCUAGCUUGCAAAUACUGGUGCUUUCCCAUAUGGAGAGCUUGAGCAUGAUAUGGCAUGACGUACUUGCAGAGAAGUCAUUUGAUAAACUGAGGGAUGUCAAGAUCUAUCAUUGCAGAAAGCUGAUGAGAAUAUUUCCGCCCAAAACUGCUCUUGAAAGAUUCAGGAAUCUGGAGAAGCUGCGUAUAGCUUAUUGUGAUUCAUUGGAAGUAGUGUUCGACAUUGCCGGCCAGUGCCAUGAUCCUGUAAUAAAGAUGUCGUUGAGAAAACUGUGUCUGUCUAAUCUGCCAAAGCUGCGGAGCGUGUGCAAUGCAGAUAUUGGCGGAACCAUCAGCUUUGACAGCCUAAAGCCUGUGCGAGAUAUUGCAUGUCCGAAGCUUGAAAAUUCCUCGGGGAUUGCCUUUACAGGAGAAGAAAGUCAGGAUCUAGAAGAAAGUUCGGAGGCAGACUUGUAUAGUGACUGAAAGUCAGGAUAUUGACGGCACCGUCAGCUUUGAAGACCUGAACCCAGUGCGAGUUAUUGAAUGCCCAAAUCUCAAAAAUUACGGGGGACUGGCUUUGUUACUGAAUAAUGCAAAAGAAGGAGAUAAAGUGUAAUUGUCUCCGUGGGAGUCGCUCGUACUUCUACAUUCUUGCAGCUUUAGGAGAAAAGAUGUCUAUUUAUAGAUGGCUGCGAUGAAGGAACAAUUUGCUCUAGUCAACAGAUACAUCAUUUUGUUCAAUUUCUUUGUUGCUAUUGGACUAAUUGUGGCGAGACCUCGCUCGCAAGUACACUUAACUAGCAUUACCUCCUGCAGUGUCAAUUUCUUGCAUACUGAAUAUGUAUCUAUAUGUUAUAUACAAUGGCAUAUGGAUACUUUUGUUAGUCUUAUAUUGCUCGCAGUC